AUUCUCUCACUUUUUUUUUCUUUCACAAGAUGUCAACGCGCGUGUCGAUUGUUCGCGCUCCGCUGCAAGCCACAUUGAACGUGACCCCCGUGACGCACACACUGCUGCAGCUGCACCUGCCAACCCAUCACGACCACGACCACGACCACAACAGUGAUGACACUGCAACCACCCCAACAGAGCUCCAGCAACAGCAGCAACAACAGCAGCAGCAGCAGCAUGGAUGGCUUGCAAGCUCAACGCCUGGCACUCCGCCCACACCCGCCACCUCGCCCGCAACCACGCUGACACAGCCGCCCAAGCUGCACGACGCCACCCCACAGCAAACACAUACACAACAGCAGGCUCAGCAAACCCCGCAACCCCAACCCCAACAGCAGCCACCGAACAAGCAUCGCGUGCCUGCCCCGCCGUCCAUUCUUGAACAAGCAGCCGCGCGUGCCACCAAGACCAUGUUCACACCCCAUCUCAAGCCGGGCCGGUCAUUGCUGCAGAUUGCUGCGGCCAUCCCAGAGGCAAACAUCACCCCGAGCACGUCGGACUUUGGGAAUCCUUUCGUCACGUACAAGCUGCAAAUAACCCUCUCGAGCCAAGUCGAGGCUGCAGAUCCCAUCAAGCGCACGCGCACCUUCACGCUGAACAAGCGAUACUCGGAGUUCUUUGACCUGUUUGUGACGCUCGCAAUCGAAUUGCCCGGAUCAUUUAUCAGCGACUCGUACCCUCCCUUCCCAACAAAGGUCAUCUUUGGCAACUUUUCUGCAAGGUUUAUCGAGAGCCGCCGAAGAGCGCUCGAGCAGUUUUUGCAAUACCUCGUCAACGACGAGACGAUUGUUGCCAGCGCGACUCUGAAGACAUUCCUGAGCCUCUCGCAAUUGCAACAUGAGCUCCACACCAUUCACCGCACGAGCGCCCAUUCCGACGGCUCGCUGGACACAAACUUGUCUGCCGAGGAAUCCCUUCGGCUGAUCCAGAAUCUGCGAACCGAGCGCCGAAACGAUCUCAACGAGUUCCGCACUGCCUUGCAUGCCAAGGAAGCCGGCCACCUCACCUGCAAGAUUUGCUUCGAUCGCAACGUCGAGGUGACUCUGUAUCCCUGCGGCCACACGUUCAUGUGCGAGCGUUGCGCUCGCCGUUUCGAAACCUGCCCAGUCUGCGCGCGCGGCUUCAACUUUUACUGGAAGGUUUACUUUUGAAGACCAUCUUCUAUUUUCAUCCCCCCCUCCUCUUCUUCUUGUACUGGCGCUCUUCUCCACACUUCCUUUAGUUUUGAUUGAUUCACUGUUUUCUUUUUGUACUUUAACCCGUUUGUGUCUUGAUUCAUGUUCUCGCUUCUCUCGUCUCUCGCUUCAUUUGUUUUCUGUUGUUCGCCCCGCUUCCCUUCUUGUGUUUCCUGCAUGCCAAUGUUGUUGUUUGUUUGUUUGCGUUGUCAUCUCAUCGUUGUACCAUCUCCCAUCGUUUUGUUGUUUUUGUUGUUUUUUGUCUGACUGUAUCGCUUUUUUUUUUUUUUUUGGUCUGUGUUCUGUUGCAUUCCGCAACCCCCCUCAUUUGUACUACUUACUUGUUAUAAUACGACUCGACUGU